UUGUAGGUUAGGUUAUUUGGGAAAAUGGAAGCGGGCGGACAAGAAGGUGCUUUGCCCGGGGCAAGUCAAGGAGCUAGGCCAUCGAAUAAACGCUUGCAGCAAACUCAGGCGCAAGUGGAUGAAGUUGUUGGAAUCAUGAAAGUAAAUGUGGAGAAAGUAUUGGAACGUGACCAAAAACUAUCACAGUUAGACGAUCGCGCAGAUGCUCUUCAGGAGGGUGCAUCACAGUUUGAGAAAUCAGCUGCAACCUUAAAGCGUAAAUACUGGUGGAAGAAUAUCAAAAUGAUCAUUAUUAUGUGCGCUAUCAUCGUCAUACUCAUUAUAAUCAUCAUUGUUUGGGCAGGAAAUAAAUAGAAAGGAUGAAAAGCUUAAAAACCCAUUCCUGAGGAUUUGUGCACGCACAUACAGAUACACUGCUGUUGUUCCCGAAAGUUCUUUUUCCUUUAUUUUUUGCAUCUCAUUUUUUUCUACAAAUUUUAAUUUUCUGAAAAUGGACCUUAUUGAUUCUUGCAUUGGGUGUAGAUAGCACUUAUGUAUUUUUCACUCGUAG